UUCAGUUCGUUCCGACGCGACGGCAGACCCGUGCGCAUGCGCCUCAUUGCUAGUAAUCAAAUAAAUUCUAAAGGACUAUAUGUGCGAUAUAUCUACAGUACAGUGGUCCAAAAUUAAAUUAUAAAGAUAAUGAGAAGCUAGUGCAACAAUGGAAAUACAAAUGUCAUCCUCUCUGGGGCAUGCCCACCUCUCUCAUCUUCCGCAGCGACCACCAAUUAAUCUCAGCUUCCAAGAUUUAUCUUACACCGUAUCCAAUGGAAAAGUAUCCAAGUUAAUCCUGCGAAGCAUCAACGGGGAGUUUCGAUCUGGACAGUUGACAGCCAUCUUGGGACCUUCAGGAGCGGGAAAAAGCACAUUGCUGAAUGUCCUAGCUGGUUACAGAGUUUUAGGUGCUUCGGGUUUAAUCAGCACGAAUGGAAAUCCUAGAGACGUUAAUCUCUUCAGGAAGCUGUCCAGAUAUAUCAUGCAAGAUGAUCUUCUGCAGCCCCUCAUUACGGUUCAAGAAGCGAUGUUGAUGGCUGCUGACUUGAAACUUGGCGAUAACUUGGAUAAGGCCAAGAAGACUGUUGUGGUGGAGGAAAUAAUUCAACUUCUCAGACUGAACAAAGCCAGAAACACAGUCACAGAAAAUCUGUCUGGCGGCGAAAGGAAACGUCUUGCUAUCGCUCUGGAGUUAGUUAACAAUCCGCCUGUUAUAUUCCUUGAUGAGCCCACCACAGGAUUAGACGACGUGGCAUCAUCAACUUGCGUAUCGCUAUUAAAACGGGUCGCUCGUGGAGGCCGUACUGUGGUUUGUUCUGUCCACACGCCCUCAGCACGGUUGUUCUCUGUAUUUGACCACGUAUACGUUGUAGCUGAUGGCAGAUGCGCUUAUCAGGGAACUUCAGCUGGGGUUGUACCGUUCUUACAGGAAAUAGGCCUACCGUGUCCUACGACGUAUAAUCCAGCUGAUUUUAUUAUCGAAGUAUCAAGUGGAGAAUAUGGGUCCCAUGUUGAUAAAAUGGUACAAGUAGUAGAAAAUGGUCGAUGCCAACGUUGGAGAAGCUACGCUAUAGAAGAGUUCCAGCAUGGAGAUGAGGAGAUAGAACAAUUGAAUACAGGAGUGAUAGAGAAACACAAUUACCAUUACGAGAGUACUGGAUACCAACAGUUCAAGGUGCUGGCUAGACGAAUGGUGUUGCAAACAUUCAGGAAUAGGGGCUACUUGUGGCUUAGGUUCUCUAUGCACCUCUUCAUUGGAACUAUCAUAGGAUCUCUAUUCACGAACAUCGGCUUUGACGGUUCAAAAACAUUAUACAAUUUCGGAUUCUGCUUUGCCUGCAUCCUUGCAAUGCUGUACACACCGAUGAUGCCUAUUUUACUUGCUUUUCCCACAGAAGUGAUGCUUGUAAAACGGGAGUACUUUAACAGAUGGUACGGCCUGAAACCAUACUUUGCGGCUAUGGUUGUAUCGAGGACGCCUGCGACAAUUUUCUUUACUCUUAUAUACUUGGCUAUUGUGUAUCCUGCGACUGCUCAGCCUAUGGAACUAACGCGAAUAUUAAUGUUCGUUAGUACGUGUAUACUGGUUGCAUUAGUUGCUGAAUCUAUGGGAACUGUUAUAUCUUCUACAUUAAGUAUAGUGAACUCAAUGUUCGUCGGUCCAGUAGUAACAGUUCCACUCAUGUUAUUAUCAGUGUAUGGUAUUGGUAACGGUGAUGACCCACCUCCUAUAGUCUGGAAGAUAGCAAGGGCCUGUUCUUUCAUGCGAUAUGGACUCGAAGGACUGAUUGUUGCCAUAUAUGGAGACUCCAGGGCAGAUCUCAUAUGUCCUGAGGACGUCGACUAUUGUGAAUAUAAAAAUGUUAAGUACUUCGUUAAGCUAAUGGGCAUGUCUCAAGUAUGCUACUGGUUUGACAUGUGCAUGUUAUUCGUGAUGCUGCUCACAUUGAACCUAGUGGCUUACUACUUGCUACGUCAAAGACUUUCACCUAACUACGCCUUUAGAGCGAUCAAACUUAUUGGCAGAUUUAUCAAGAACAAAAUGAACAGUUCACAUUAGAAAGUACAUUGUACAACUUUCAUUGAAAUAUAUAAGCAAUUGUGAACCCUAAGGUUUAUAUUCUAUGGUAUCGAUUCGCUUACAGGUUACGAGUUAUUUAAAACAGCACUUUUUAUAAUGGUGUAAUUUUAAACCAAAAUCCGCAUUACUUUCAUCAAACUCGUUGAUGAAUUAUGCCAAAGUUAUACUUACAAAUAAAAGGAACUAGCUAAUGAGGAAUAAUGUAUUACGUAAUUGUUUUAAUUUAAGAUUUAAGUUCAUUUUAUUUUUGAUUAUACAUGCUAAUUUGGGCAUAAAGUAUUUUGACUGUUGUCGGAUAUUUUAUUAUUUAUUUUUACAUACACGGCGUAGUUAAUAUUUAAUAUUAAUUGCGCUUAGAUUUGGCCUAAAUAAAAGUUCAUUGAUGUAACAAUUUAUAAGUCUGAUAUGCAAAUGACGAAACUGUAUUUUCGCAAAGAAAAAAUUGUAAAAUUAUUUAAUAUAGUUCAAUAUACGUAACGAGGUUACGCCAGUGUGAUAUUUACAUUAAGUUUUAGGAACAUUAAGGUUCAAUUUUUUUUACGAAAUAUGUUUUUAAAUAAUUUUAGGAAUUAUCUAUAUAUAUAUUGGGACGUUAUUGGUGAUUAAAAAUAUAUUUUUCAUGCCUGCACUGUUUAUAAAACCUAAAUCAGUGUAAUUUCACUAUUUCAACUAAAGUUCUCUUACGUCCUUUUCUUUCAAAUCGCUUUAAGAUGGGAUGAAAAGAGGCAUAAUAUGUGUACUUUAGCUAAAACUGUGCAAUUGAACUAAUUGUAUGGAAGAUUAAAGUUUACGGAGUUAACGUUUUAUUCCUUACCUAUAAAAGCUUAUUUAUCCUUGUUAUGAGACAAAAUAACUCUUAUUGAUGUACGUUAGUGAAUAAAAUAUAAAUUUGUAUUAAUUACAUCUGUUACAAUUUUUAAGUUUUAUCUUUCUUUGUUACAAGAUCACAAAUAAAGUUUGUAUUUAAUUAAAUCGAUUUUGUGUUUCUAAGGAGCUACUAAAUGUCUUCACAAAAAUACAUUUAAUUCAUAUUUGUUAAUAUUAUAUACAUAACGUAACGAAAUGGGAUUGUAUAAGGAAUUAAAAAACAAUUUUUUUUA